UGGCAACCUUCAACACGGCCAUGAAAAAUGCAGCCCACAUGCACUAUAUAUGACAUCCGACCUUCAGUUACAUCACAACUGAAAAUUGUUACUCUCUUGGAGACAUGUUCCUUAUUAAUUUAUUUGCUGUCUGGAUUGCCGUUGCGUUGACCGUAGACUGUGCUGAGCAAGAUGAGCACAGGGACUUCCAGUACAACUCAGUCGUAGACAGCCAGACGGGCAGAUACAACUUUGCCUACGACACUGGAAACGACAACGAGAUAGCCCAUUCCUUGCACAUGCAGUACAGGGACGCCAAUGGCGUCGUACGAGGCAGAUACGGUUACACAGAUCCCAGGGGCAAAUUACGAAUGGUGGAGUAUGAAGCAGGGCCAAAUGGAUUCGUGGCAAGAGGAGACGUGGGCCCGGACAUGUUCCCUCACGACAAUGCUCCUGAACAGACUACGGACAGCGGACCGCGUUCCUAUUCAAUGGCCCAACUUCAGACGAACGACUUCGAUCUUGUCCCAAGACCAGUACAGAUGGCAGGUUGGGAUCCUGCCGGAGAUCCUAUGGGACAGCCAGUGACUGACUCUGGAUCAGCUGCAAAAUCGAACGAAGAUAAAGUUGAGGAAGUUUUUAUCAACGGCUAUCCUUUGAGUCGAGCAUAUCCUGUUUUUCCUGGUGGCAACGUCACUGAUGACGAUGCUAAUGUGACAGCAUAUGCGGUACCUCCUGAAGAAUACGAUGACAGGUAUCCCAGGGUGUUCUUCUCGUCGAACGAAAAUGCCGGUGAAACAGAAAGCGAGAACUAUGUCAAACGAGAAAAUGAAAUGCAAACCGAAAUUGUACAAGGGGUCACUUCAAGCCCGUUGACAGUCAAUAACAUCGACGUGAAUCCCGACGACAUCAGGGCAGCUGCUAACGACCAGUUACUGCGAAGAUCUGCAAGAGAUGGAACCCCUGCUCGAGUCCAGCAGACCAGUCUUCCAUACAGCUAUCGAAACUAUAGACAAUCCCACGACCACGACAACGAAGUGCGUUAUUAUCGUGGAAGAUACACUCACGACCACGACGCUGAGGCUCGAUAUCGCGCGCGACAAACCCACGACCACGAUGCAGAGACACGAUAUCGUGGACGACAGACCCACGACCAUGACUCUGAAGUUCGUUAUUACCCUGCUUCACGUUACGUUCGUGGGAGGGGAUACUGGAUCAGACCUGCCCACACGCACUCGUCUGAAGAUCCUCUGUAUCACAGACGUGUGCAUUCGUACUCCAGAUAUACUCCAAGAAGGAUUUAUUACAGGGAUGAUCACAGUAUGGUACCACAUGAGCACUAUUCUUCUGCCUACCGAAAUGAGAACGAUAGAGAUCACCAACAUUCUGAUGUCCAUCUUUAUGGAAGGUCUCAAAAUUAUGCUGCCGUGUAUCCUGCUACUGUCAAACCUCGCCAACUCAAAUACAUCCCAGCGGAUAAAUACCAUGACAAGUACUACUACUGGAGCAAUGACUAGUUGGCAAACUAGACCUUUCAUUCGUAGUACUUUAAGCCUUUGUUUUUAUGACUGAUUGAAUAUUUUUGAAGUUUGAUUCGUGAUGAAAGAUUUAACAUGUUUUUGAUCAUGCGUAGGUCGGCAACUAUUACAGUGUGUUUUUGUAGAGAGAUUGUAAAUUUACCUGAAGUGGAAACGGACCCCUUCAUUUUAUAAUAGGUAGGAUCAGUGAGAACGCACCAGCAAUAGAAACACUUUACUACUUGAAUUCUUUCGCUGAUCCUACUUAUUACAAAAUGAAGCGUUCUGUUUCGGCUUCUAGUUCAUCCGCCAUCUCUCUGUGGUUAAGCUGCCAAUCGAAAGUGUUUCAUUGAAAAAAAAAGAACAUUCAUUAAUCUGAAUAUUUUAAAUCAACUGCAGCUGCUAAUUGAAGCUGCAGUGUGCUUGAACAUUAGCUAUUGCAUAAAGUUUUUAGCCUCUAACGUGUGCACAACCUUUUCGUUACAUCAGCUGUUUCUUUUUCAUUUCUUUACUAACGGUGCGUUGCUCGAACAGUCGUCUAAAUUCGAACAACUUUUACAAAACAUUACUUGGAGCCUAUAUGUCAGUCAAUACGCGUGAUCUAUGUGACGUCAUGGUCCGGGGUGUGAAAAUUUUAAUCGCUGCUCCACAAAGUCAUGAACUGAAUUCCCGUUUUGCAUUUUGUGCCAAAUGAUCAAAACGCCAACUUUCUUUUCUUCACUCACGUAAGCAGGUCUUACAGUGUAGCAACCACAACAGGAAAGAAGAAUCAAAAAGCUUUAUUGGGGGUUGUCCAUAAAUGAUGUGACACCUUUUUUCAACAUUUUUGACCCUCCUCCCCUUUUGGUCACAAAGUAUCACCAUUUAUCACGUGUCACGCUACUUUUCCUAAACAUAUUCCUUUUUAAAAAGUACAUGAUGUCACACUUCUUUUACCUCCUCCCCCGUUGUCAUAAACUGUCAACCCCCCUCCCUCUCUUAAACGUGUGACAUCAUUUAUGGAUAGCCCCUAAAGCAGGAAGACUUUUAACGAAAUUGCUUGGGAGAAAGCCCAAAACUGUUUUCGACAAUAGAAUAUUAUGCAGCCCUAUUUUGGAUAUUAAAAAAUUUUUGAAAAAAUACAAAAACAGUUUUUUUUUUUAUGAACGGACAAACUCUCUUCCACUUUUUAAAAAAAAUGUAUUUAAACACUUUGACAAUAAAGUUAUUCUUUUCUUUCUGAGA